ACGUCAUCCCCGAAAGUUUGAUACAAUGCCCUCCAUGUUUAGGGGAAGUUGAAUUCAACUGACAACAGCAACAUGUGACGUACAGAAGACAUGUAGAUGUUCAAUGGAAUGUAUGCACUAGUUGACGGGACCGCGUGGGAAGCGACGGCUCGAUGAAACAGAGUUGGACCUGUAAAGUUUUUUAGGUGAAUGGUUCGUGUAACACCCACCUAUAAAGCGGUCUGUUCUCGGUUAGACAAGCGGGCUGCUUCGGGUGAAACGUGUAUCAGAAUUAGUUUUCACGGAGUUGUAUUUGGACUGGAAAUAUGUUGUUUCUCUCUAAAAUGAGGAACCCGCUGGACCGACGCUUUUAGGAUUGUUCUUCAGCCCUUCGCGGACCUCUGUCGCCGGGCGAGAGUCGGGCAUCGUCCUUUAGAGGAGUAUCAGAAUGAUAAAGCCCAAAGUGGGUCGGAUGUUUCUGGCGACAUGCGUCGGGUCGUUUUUCAUUCUCAUAUUAUACUUCCAGAACAUCUCAAGAUCAGCUUCUGAACAGAUUUCGGGUCGGAACGGUUUGCCAGUUAAAUCAGGAAGAAGUCCUUUGCAGACACUACAAGAAAAUGACCAGCUGGAGAAGUCUGCAGUGCAGGCCACUCUGCAGGGUCGAAGGGAACUCCUGGAGGAAACCUGUCAAACCCACACCCGCAAAAGACGCGUACUCGGCCCAGAGGACCUCCGCCACCUCAUAGUGGACGAUAAACACAAGCUACUGUAUUGCUAUGUCCCCAAAGUGGCAUGCACCAACUGGAAGCGUGUAAUGAUGGUGCUAACAGGCGAUGGGCGCUACCGCGAACCGCUGGCUAUUCCCGCCAACGUAGCUCACGUAGCGGGCAACCUGCGUUCACUCUCGGAGUACUCCACGGCCGAGAUCAACAAGCGUCUGCGCACAUAUCUGAAGUUCGUCUUUGUGCGCGAACCCUUCGAGAGACUCGUCUCGGCCUAUCGUAACAAGUUCACCCGUAGCUACAACACAGCCUUUCAUAAACGUUACGGGACCAAAAUCAUCAGGAGACAUCGUGCCGACCCCCAAGCUGAGGCACUGGAAAACGGCAACGACGUCUCCUUCGAGGAGUUUGUGUAUUAUUUAGUAGACCCUCAGACUCAGAGAGAGGAACCGUUUAAUGAGCACUGGGAAAGGGUUCACUCACUCUGCCACCCUUGCCUGAUCCGUUACGACGUGGUGGGCAAGUACGAGACUCUUGAGCAAGAUUCCCGCUACAUCCUGAAGUUAGCAGAUGCCGAAGGAGAGGUGAAAUUCCCAGCCACCUCCAAGAGCACCAGGACCACGGGCGACAUGGCUGCCAAGUUCUUUGACAACAUCAGUCCGUUUUACCAGAAGAAACUCUUCAAUCUUUACCGAAUGGACUUCUUGCUUUUUAACUACUCUGUGCCGGCGUACUUGAAGUUGAGAUGAGGGUUUGAGCGUGUUUCAACUGAUCCCAAAUCUUGCGCACAUGUCUUGUGGGCACAGACGUUUGAAUUUUGCUCUUGUGUCUGGAUUCAAAUGAACUGCCUGGGGGAACCUGUGGAGGAUGCAUCUUGAAUAUGGCGCUGCCCUCGCUCCCUUGAAGCAGAAUUCAGCACUGUGAACAGAUUUCUGCUGGCAGGGGCGUUGCCUCCCAUCCCUAAAAGUUCACAAAAUACUGUCUGAAAUUCCUUUGGCUUUGGAACCUUUUCACCGAGCUCCAAGUAUGUGCCUUUGUCCUUCUGAAUGUUGAUAAGUGAAGCGGGAUUCUUCAUCAACGGACAAAUGCUAUAAAUGUUUCAUCUCCUUUAAUCUUUACCACCCAAACUGAUAUUUAUAGUAUUGUUUACAUAGCAUAUUUAUUGUGGAUUUUGUGCUUGAACUGGAACCAGCAAGGCCUUGACGUGAAUCUCGAAGAGAUUCCUUGCGGCUGAUCUCAAAGCCUCCUUUCUUACAUUCCCUGGAUAUGAUUUUAGACCAUAACCUCACUCCCCGAUCACAAAGGUAGUUUCCAAGUCUAAAUGUAACAAACCAUCAACAUUUUCAAUCUGAUAGCUGGUCAUAUAUCGGAGAGAGUCAGAGGGUAAGGGAUGAAUUUAGACUUCUCUUGCAGUGGCAAACUGGACAAGGCUGUCUACCUUGGCCGGUUUAGCUAAUCUGGAAUGAAACAGUGUUCUCACAGAGUCACCCCUUUAUUUAGCAUGCAACGGGAAGGGUAAACAGUGCAUAGCUGUGGUUGGGGAAAGGUAGACCCUCAUCAGUGCGCCUCUUGUUGAGCUAUGGAUGCAGGGUGAGGUGCAAACUACCCACUGGGCACUGCAGGUCAAACAUCCUGGCAUGAUCCUGGGAGGAAACACUCGUCUUAUGAAUUCGUAAUAAGGGUUGAAGUGCAAUAAAUGUUUUAGUAAGGUACCAGUAUGUGUUUGAGUCAGCAGAAGAUUAUCUAUCCCUUCAAACUCCUAAAGUGUGAGAAAAUCAACCUUUUGUGUCUGUGCACUACAAUACAGUUUAAAGUCCUGCUAGUUUUCAUGACUUUAUGAAAUGUUAUUGUGGUUCAUUAGCACUUGGUGGAAAUUACGUUUAAUAUUUUUUUUUUCUCUUUCUUCCUUUUUGUCUGCGGAAAAGGCUAAUGACUUAUUUUUUAUGGUUGAAAUGGUUAUGAAAUAUUUAGAGAGAAUGAGUCUGAUUAAUAUCUAGCCGACAGGCAGACAUGUCCUGGUGCACAGUGGGUACCUUGUGUGCCACAUUGCCUAACAAAAUUGCUCUUGGAAAUGCUUUGUGGGAAAAUAUUUUCGAUCUAGCUAGUUAGUCACUAUUUUAUUGUUGAACUGGAAUCAUCCAGAAUUUCCUAAGGACAAA